AUGGAGGAUCACUUGUUGCUCAUGGACGGCGCCCAGACUGGUGCUCUGGCGGUGCAGUCGCCGAUGGAACCCAUGGAGUUCCUGUCGCGGUCGUGGAGCGUCUCGGCCUCGGAGAUAUCCAAGGUGCUGACCGGCGGCGUCGGUGGGAGGCGGAGCUCCAACUUCGUUGCCGACCGCCUGUCCGGGAUGCUCAUGUCGGAGACGCUCGCGCUCGCCGCAACCUCCGGCACCAACUUCAGCCCUCGCAAAAGCACUCUCAGGAGCAGGAGCGCGAUCUCCGCGCACCACCAGGUCCACCACACGGUCCACACGAUCGAGAGGUGGUUUCACCACCGGGACGCGAGCAGCAGGGUGGACAAGGCCCGCACCGAGAGGGCGCGCGUGCACGCCGCGGUCUCCGUGGCGAGCGUGGCGGCCGCGGUAGCCGCCGUGGCCGCGGGCGCCGCAAGCCCGGAGGUGGACACCGAGGGCGCCCAGAUGGACACCGCGCUAGCGUCCGCGAUGCAGCUUCUGGCCUCGCACUGCAUCGAGAUCGCCGAGCUCUCUGGGGCCGACCACGACCAGGUGGCCUCCGCCGUGGAGUCCGCCGUCGACGUGCGGAGCUCUGGGGAUCUCUUGACCCUGACCGCCGCCACAGCCACAGCUCUCAGAGGAGCCACGGCGCUGAGGCAGCCAGUGCAGCGGGAGGCGAGGAGCAAAGCGGCCGUGGCGUCGUAUGAGAAGUCCGGCAACUGCCGUGCUGACAUCUGGUGCAAGGAAGGGACGCUGCUGAAACGCAACCACAAAGGCGCUCUGCACUGGAAGCAAGUGGCCGUCUACAUCAACAAGAAGUCGCAGGUGAUGGUGAAGCUCAAGAGCAAGCACAUCGGCGGCGCCUUCUCCAAGAAGAAGAAGGGCGUCGUGUACGGCGUCUACGACGACAUGCUGUCGUGCCCGGCGCACGGGGGCGGCAUGCCAGGUUUAGCGGCAGAGACAUGCCACUUCGGGCUGAGGACGGCGCAGGGCCUGCUCGAGUUCCAGUGCGAGAGCAGGAUGCAGAGGCUGGAUUGGGUGGAAUCGGUGAAGAACCUGCUCCGGCAGGUGGCCGUCGGGACUGCUCAACUCGAGCAGUCCUUCGAGUCCCUCAGGCUUAGUGCCUCGUGA